UCCUCCCUGCAGCUGACUUGACUGGCCGAACAAGGUGCUUCUCGGUUGAGUCACUCUUUUUUUUUUUUUUUUUUUUUUCCUCAGCAGGGCGGACUCUUGGACUAAACUUUGACUUUGACCUGCCGUCACCAAACCUUUUGUUUAUGUUCUCUCGCCGGUAGCCUCUUUUUUUUCUCGGUGUUUUGUUGUUUCUGUCGGCGGCUCCGGGCGAGGAGGAGCUGCGGUCCGAUGCAGGCAGGUGAUGGACGGCAGCCUCAGUCCAGGCGGAGGCCACAGAAGAAGACCUUCUCCUUUUUCUCGGCUGACGUCUGGUCCUUCAGAGGGAAGAAAAGGAAGCAGGCGAGCAGAGAUGCAGACUCGCUCAGUCUCUGCAGUCUGGAGAUCAACGAGUCCAGCGCCAAGCGCAGCAAAGCGGCGGUCUCCAGGGUGACGUCUCUGGCCAGCCUGCUGCCGCCUGUCAAGUCGGCAUCGCUGAAGAGGUUUGGUCAGACGCUGCAGCGCUCCAUCAGCUUCCGGACGGAACGAGUGCUUCCUCCUGCUCCUGCUCCUCUCCCUCCUCCUCCUCCUUCGUCCUCCGCCAAGACACGGGUGACGGCGGCGGCCACCUCCAACUCUUCUACCUCCACGACUGCCGCGCGGGCGUCCACCGCCCCGGCCCCGGCUGCCAAGCGUCGCGACAGCAAGCUUUGGAGCGAGACCUUCGACGUCCGACUGGGAGCGACGCAGCCUCUCAGCCCGAAGGAGAUCAAGAGACAGGAGGCCAUUUUUGAGUUGGCUCAGGGCGAGCAAGACCUGGUCGAAGAUCUCAAGUUGGCGAAAAAGGCCUACCAUGACCCCAUGCUGAAGCUCUCCAUCAUGACCGAGCAGGAACUGAACCAGAUCUUUGGUACUCUGGACUCGCUGAUUCCCCUGCAUGAAGACCUGCUGAGUCGCCUCUGCGAGGCCAGGAAACCGGACGGGUCCACCGAGCACGUUGGACAGAUCUUGACUGACUGGCUCCCGUGUCUCUCGUCCUACACGGCCUACUGCAGCAACCAGGUGAAGGCCAAGGCCCUGCUGGACCAGAAGAAGCAGGACCUCAGAGUCCAGGACUUCCUGCAGCGCUGCCUCCAGUCGCCCUUUAGCAGGAAGUUGGACUUGUGGAACUUCCUGGACAUCCCUCGCAGUCGGCUGGUGAAAUAUCCGCUGCUUCUCAGGGAGAUCCUCAAGCACACCCCCAACGACCACCUGGACCAGCAACACCUGGAUGAGGCGAUGCUGAUGGUCCAGAGCGUGGUGGCGGACACCAACAGGCGCACUGGAGAGUCCGAGUGUCAGUUCUACAAGGACCGGCUGCUCUACAGCGAGGUGGGACUGAGGGACGCCCUCAUUGAGCGCUCCAGGACGCUGAGUUGCCACGGAGAGCUGAAGAACAACCGGGGCCUCAAGCUCCACGUCUUCCUGUUCCAGGACGUCCUGGUCAUCACCAGGUCCGUCUCGCUCAACGAGCAGCCCGUCAGCUACCAGCUCUGCCGGCAGCCCAUCCCCAUCCGAGAGCUGGACCUGGAGGACCUGUCGGAUGGAGAGAUGAGAGUGGGCGGGUCCAUCAGGGGGGCUUUCAGCAACAACGAACGCACCAAGAACUUCUUCCGAGUUUCUUCCCACUGCGCCGGUCAGCAGCAGACCCACUGCUUCCAGGCCAGUGACGCCUUCAACAAGCAGCAGUGGAUCAACUGCAUCAGGCAGGCCAAGGAGGCGGCGGCCCACAGCGAAGACCCCGGGGGCAAAUGGGCGGGGGACGCGGGUCCGCGCCAUUCGGGGUCGGAAAAUGACCGAGGGAUGUGGGCGGAGCUGGAGGCGGGACAGCGUGGCGAGACAUCGCAGUCGAAGAUCGAAUCGGACAACGCAGAGAGACGCUCGAGGGGUGAAGGGACUGACCUUCAGGAGGAGGCGGGGCGGGGGACGGAGGAGGCGGAGCCGAGUGGCGCUGAAAAGAAGGACAGAAGUGGCCCAGAGAUCAUACAAUGCUGAUAUUUGCUGUCAAACUACGUAGAGCAGUGUCUCUCAACCAUCUCUUCCCCUUAAAUUGAAAUACGACUGAGAACCUAAUAAUAUUUAUAUAUUUAUUUAUUCAUACGCCCCACUAUGAGGUCCUACAUGCCACCUCGCUGAAGGUGGCAUGCCACCCCCUACUAUAUCACAAGUUCUGGUCUAAUGGUUCUAGAACUUUAAAGGCUGUGUGUAUUUUAGCACAAGCAGUAAUACUUGCUCAUAUUUCCUGGUAGAGCCCAUGAGUUUGAGCGGUGCUGCCACCUAGCUUGGGGCUUAAGUAUCGUUCAAGAAUGAAAAAAGACGCUAAUACUGCAAAGCGUUGAAAAUAAAGCAGUGAUUUUCAACCACUGUGCCGCGGCACACUAGAUAUUGUCUGGUGUGCCGUGGGAAAUUAUGCAACUUCACCUACCGUAUUUUUCGGACUAUAAGUCGCAGUUUUUUUCAUAGUUUGGCCGGCGGUGCGACUUAUACUCAGGAGCGACUUAUGUGUGAAAUGAUGAACACAUUAGCGUAAAAUAUCAAAUAAUAUUAUUCAGCUCAUUCACGUAAGAGACUAGACGUAUAAGAUUUCAUGGGAUUUAGCGAUUAGGAGUGACAGAUUGUUUGGUAAAUGUCAAGACUUGGUCCUGGGGUUUAGUUUUUCUAGCAGGCAAUGAGAGUACAUAAUUUAUUUUUUACACUAAUAAAGGACAAAAAAAAAGUACAAACGAAAAGCGCGCACAGUGGCAGAGAAACAACUUGGCUAUGAAAACAAAUACUUGCACAAAGGCAAAAACUAUGAACAACAAAAAACACUAACUGUGGCAAUAAUAAACAAAACUUACUUGGCAUGGACGAAAAGGAGCAGCGUGAACGAUGGACAUGAAAAAAAGAGUCAGAAAUGUGCAGAAGCAUAAAUGUGGGGAUGUCACCAGAAAGACAAACUGGAAACAAUGAACUUAAAUACUACAGACAUGAUUAACGAAAACAGGUGCGUGACUCAAAACGUGAAACAGGUGCGUGACGUGACAGGUGAAAACUAAUGGGUUGUUAUGGUGACAAACAAGAGUGCACAAUGAGUCCAAACGUGGAACAGGUGAAACUAAUGGGUAAUCAUGGAAACAAGACAGUGAAAAGCCAGAAACUAAAGAGUCCAAUAACUAAACAAAACAUGACUAAAACAAAACAUGAUUACACAGACAUGACAGUAAACGUAUAGCAUGUUCUAUAUGUUAUAGUUAUUUGAAUGACUCUUACCAUAAUAUGUUACGUUAACAUACCAGUUGGUUAUUUAUGCCUCAUAUAACGUACACUUAU